AUGUUUGAAGAACUGUUUGAAGAACAACCACAACCCAUUCCUCGUAAAACUCGUGGCGAACUAAUGAAACAAGUUGACAUUUCCUACUAUGGUAACUGUGAUGAAGAUGACGGCGUUAUUCUCCCUCAGGAAGCCGCCUACGAGGAGAAGUGUGAGUUCCCUCCCUAAGAUCUUGUCGCUGCAAAAUUCCUUUCUAAAUGUAUACCCAGUCGCGGCAUGCUUAUUUGACCGGUGCCCACCACUGGUCGCAUACAGAUUUGGCUAAUAAGAAACGCAUGGCAAAGGCAAAUAGAGCCUUUACAUCUUGGCUUUGUCGGCAACUAAGUUUAGCUGCAAUUUGGGAAGGAUAUCGGCACGUGUUCUACUUUUGCCACUCGGAGUACUCGGCAUCGGCUUUAGGUCGGUUCAAUAAUGAAUCACAGAAGUUUUAUUGCCUGUUCCCGAACGUAACUACUUUAUAAAUCGGAGCCCCGAUCCUUGCAGUCCGAGACUGCCUGACCUCCCAGUAUAUUUAACCCUAAAGAUCCCGAAACCAUGGUACGUGUGUGUGUGUGUGUGUGUGUGCCCUCAAAACGGGCCACGUGUUAGAUGCGCUGGACCAACGGGGGGGCCACAUCGGACUCUGGCAGGCGUUAUCUUUGCGUAAUAACAAUUGCCAACAUUUGCGGGGUGCGCUGGCGGACCCUGUUGUCGGCAUUCGUCGCACAACCGGAUCACUGUCUCCACCCCAUUGUUUUGUGGUCAAAAUCCUGGUCAUUUGUGUGUGGACCAGGGGGUGCGGAGUGGAGCGCCAAGGCGAGGAUCCGUCCGAGCCAUCCACCUGCGGCCUCCCCCGUGUCCGGUCUUCUUGACUCUGUCUUGACACCGGGCCCAGGCGGGGGAGGAGGAGAGAGUGUAGGUAGAUGCAGCGCAAGUCUACUGGCACUAUAAACCCCUGCGCAAGUCACCGUCCCUGCUCCCACAAUGCAGUCUGUGGGGCACACGGUGGACAUCGUCGAAAUCGACGGUCGAACUGUUGUGUUGUGUGAUGUUGAGUGUGAUCAUGUGUGUCGCAGGAGAUGGUGCGGAGAUAUGCGGUAAUAUGACAAGGCCGGUUGUGCUCUACCGUGGGUUUUCGUGGAGGCGCAUGUGGACUAAUAGGUCCAUGCGGUGCGUGAAUGUGUGUAGACAGUAUAGAUAGUUGAGAUGUGUGAGGUGUGCGUAUUUUGGUGCUUCUAGCGGCGGUUCGUCAGGUUCUGUGCGAUGGGUUUGCAAGUGAUCGACCAGACCGAUGCGGGUGGCACCUGUGCGGUGACAGUGAGGACAGGAUAGGUUGGAGGCUGCAGAAUUGGUCGGGGUGGUGGGUCAACCGGCAGUGGUUGUGCUGGUGGGUGACGGUUGUUAAUGCUAGAUAUGGAAGAGUUGUGGGGUACACAGGCUACGCUUGGAGUUUUGAGGUCCGCCUUCGCAGAUAAGCAUGUGACCGAAUAGACCAAUGCGGCGAAUGAAUGUGCGAUCGAAAGGAGAACAGUUUGGGAUCAUUUCCUCAUUGCUAGUGGUGAGGGCGGCGGUGAUUAAUGUAGUGGUUGAUGGAACGUCCGGUGUUGUCUCAUUGGUGGUGGGAGGUAGGGAAAAGGUGAUGUUAAUGGAACUUAUCACUGUGAUCGACGCAGCGGUUGCAGCAGGAAGGAUGAUGUUCGUGAUCUAGGGUGGUGGGAUAUCGAGAGUGUGAUCACUGGUGAUAGGUGUUGUCGUCGUCGUGGGGCUUGAGGCAGGGGCGACAGUAGGAAUGUUUGUGGAAGGAAAGGUUGGUGCUGCCGGGUUGUUGGUGCAUUGCCUCUAAGGUGUCUGACGAGGCCGUUCAUCGUCCAUCCUCCCCAGGUGGCCGCUCCAUCAGAGUUGUAGCCGCCUCAGCAUGCCGUGAAUGCCGACGAUUCCGGUUCGUUCCAGGACUUCCGUGUCCUAGAACCUGUCUUCCCAUCUUGGCUCCAGCAAUCGGUGCAGGCAGCUGAGAUGGACGUGGUUGAGCUCCCUGAAAUGGGUGGAGCAGACAGUCCAGGCCUCCGCCUCGUACAGAAGUGUCGUCAGAACGACGGCCUUGUGCAGCUUCAAUUUGUUAUUUAGUCGAAGGCCGUGACGAUUCCAUGCGGAAGCUUACAGCCGGCUGAGAGCCUAGCUGGCUUUGGAAAUCCGAUGGACAACCUCGUUGUCAGUUUUUGUGCAACGCGCGAUCGUGCUUCCUGGAUAAGCGCGGUUGUUCACGGUUUAAACUUGGCUGCCGUUGACAUUGAAUUGAGGGCUGCUGCAUUUAGCGUUGGAUGACGGCUGGUGCACGAGCAUCGUUUUGUCCGUGUUGGUUGUUAGUCCUAUAGACGAUGCGUAUCCCAGGGCGUUCACCACAGUAGGCGUCCAUCAGCGUAGCAGAGAACGUGAGGCUGAGGAGGGUGUGGGACGAGUAUGCGACCCUGCUUCACUCGGUUAGCCAUCGCAAAUGCCUCAGAGAUUGCCUCGUUCUGCGUGACACGGGCUAUCAUCCCACCGUGGAGCUGAAGUACCCCGUGCGUGAAUCACUCAGGACAUAAGAAUUUCUAUAUGGUUUCCCACAGUCCAUCGUGAAUAACCACGUCAAAGCCUUCAUCAAACCCACAAAGGUAAUGUGGCGGUGGGUUCAUAUCUCCUGGUUUUCCGUUGUAGCUGGUAAGUGGUACAGAUAAUUCCUAUGGUUCUGCGGUGUCAUCGGAAGCCACACUGACCUUCCUGAAGCAGCCCCUGCUCUGCACGGCCAUUGAAACGAUUGUAAAGCAUUGUGAUGUCUUGUUGUUGUCACAGAAUUGCCCGUACCCCUUGCGCUUUUAGAGGCGAACGGUGAGGGUAGGUUGUUAACCCACUGUAUUUAAUAUGCAUCACCAACUACUGCGUUUGUUUUAGUAGGCCUAAGUUAAUUUAUUAAUUUAUGGCCAUGGGGGUCUCCUUUUGGCGUAUUAAUAUGACUGCAUGCACCGAGUUGUUUCGGUGUGACCUUUUUUAUAGUGAUAAUCCAUUAUGCUAUAUCCCUCAGUUCUGUGCGGAAUAGAAGACAGACAGGAUACCGGAUAACAGCUUCACUGUGCCAGCUACCCUGUGUACAGCAACCCUAAAGCCUUCUGUCCGUGCCUUUGUAGUUAAGGAUUCGACCUUUUUCUGGUUUUCAUGUUCCUACUGGUCCAGUUCUGAGCGUCCGCAUGGGCAGACCCCCACCUGAAGGUCGCGCAUCACUCCUCGCGUGCGGGCCUGCUAGGCGAGACUGCCCUGCCUGUUUGCGGUUCUUUGUCAGGUGCGACCUCCGGACGACAGGAAGGGUGCGCCAUGUUCCGGACCGUCCUAUCAUAUUAAGCAUGAGGUGGUCUUCGGUUUUCGCUCCCCCUGUCCGUGAUCGAUUUGUCUUAUCUUGAUUUCCUCGUUAUCCCAGUCUUCUUACAUUGCCUUUCGUUGUUAGUUCCGUGCUCCGUGACUUACUUAUUUCUUCCAAAAGAAUGUUUGUGUCAUUUUGUGCCAUUUAAGUACUCACCAUACAACGCGCGCUGUAAUGAUCGCCGGCUGCAUGUUGGUUUACUUAGCCUCGAUUAGAAAACAAACGCUGGACUCCCUCGGCAUCUUCAAACGGUUUCUAUUACCGAAUACUUACGCCGUGACUUAGUUACUUCUUCAACAAUAUUUGUGUGCAUUUACUUGCACAACCACUUAAAUUUAGUCGAGUCUACGUAGAAAAAUCUACUUAUAGAUGGUUGUUAAAUUGCCUUUAGGAGGGAGUCCUUCAGGUUUCCUGUUGGAGAAGUUGGUGCACUGGAUAUGUUUCAGCAAUAUGCGACAGGAGUAGUUCCGACGCUUGCUUUAAGCUAAAGCCCUCUAAGCAAAACUGUAGGGGAUAUUGAACCUUGCCUACAUGGACGCAUAUUGCACGACCCGCCACCGGUGUAGCAGCCGCUCCAGUCCCCCUUUUCUCCGGCUCCGUUUUGUCGGUCGAUGGCCGCGACAAUCGUUGCCAGGCCGCCGGCAUACAACCACCCCCGCCGAUUAUAACUGGCCCCCCCCCUCCUGUCUAGCUGCAGUGACCCCCGGCUGCCCCCACAAUCAAUUAUCACCUCAUGCGCGUCGGACGACCUGGCUUGAUACCCAUGAGCAUCUGUAAUUAUGCCUCCCCUAAUCCGUCCAAUCUCAUGACCAGCAUUCAACAGUCACCCCCACCUACUGACACAGACUUUCACUUCCGCGUAAACGACACACAGCGUCUGACGCUCUCCGUGAACGGACGCUUUUCUCUGUUGCAAGCAAACAGCCAACUUACGGCAACCUGCCCUGUGUACAGAAUAAACUAGUCCUCACAGCUCCCUCACUUCUGUCACUAGACGAAGCGAACUUAUUGUGCAUGCUUAAAGUUGAUCUCAUAUCCUUGACCGCCACACCGGUCAUCCUUCGUGGAGCUACCGUUUCAGUUUGCUUCAAUGCGCCUCAAUCAAACCGGCGUAUUUUUCUGUGGUCCGAUCCCUUAAAUACUUGGUAUGACUGACUGUAAAGUGUUCAGUGAUGACCCAUUUGGCGUCCGCAUUGGCAUUUUGCCACACUAGGUAGUAGUUCCCUUGCUGAACUUCGGUUAUUUCUCCCACUUUCGGCAGAAAAUCAAGCUGGGGUCGUUUGACUUUUCUGCAAUCUGGAGACGAUGGUCUGAAUUUUGGAAGGAGGAAAAAUAAGCAUUAUUGCUUACUCUGCCCACUAAUGAAUUUCAUUAUUGUAUAUAAUCUAAACAUUUGUAUUUUUAUUUUCCCUAAAUUUUCAUAUUAUAUUACUAAGCUGUCUUAUUAUGAAGAUGCAAGCAUAAAAUCUUGCCUGCGUUAUUUGAAAUUUUGCGUGCUCAUUAGGGUUUAUUUCUGAAGCUCCUCUAACAUUCAUUUGCAUAACAAUUCAUUGCAGCGAAUUUUCACAGUUGAAUUAUUUGGCACUAGUUGAUUUUUUUUCCACUGGUUCCUAAUCUACAUCAGAAUUGCAAGUGGCGAUUUAUUCAAAUACCUUUUAUUUGUUGAGUUGCCUUUUGCUUAUGUUUUAAUCAACGCACCCGAUUUCGUUGUCAUAUUUAGGUUCAGAAGAAGACUUCAGACGGAAACCUGUUUAUUUUCUGUUUUUUGCAUUUAUUUCGUCCUCCACUCACAGCAAUGCCCUACCCGUACAACCGCUAUUACCACCAUUUCUGUAUUACACUUACCCGGGGUUACCGGUUGCGGGGUAUGGUCACACAACCUACGGUUGCCGGAUGGACGAUUGUUGCGUACCUGCAAUCCUGAGGAACCUGCCCUUGGCUCCACAUCUCAUAAAAAAGCGCCCUGAUGUGAUUCACUGGUCGGCGGUCUUCAUGUUUUUUGAUUUCAGCUGAGCCUGCGUCAGAACCUAGUGCUUUCCCGCUGGAGAUUUGUUGCAGAGCGCAGAUGGUCUCUGGAAGGAAAGGCGGCAGACCCAGGUCGAUGUUGAUUUCUACUUAAGAGAGCCGGUCGAUGGCGGCGGCGGAGAUGGCUGAUGAGCGGCUGAGGACACAUCUGAAGUACCCGGUCCAGCGCUUCAGAAUCUACGACAUCUCAGCUAGAGGAGUUGUUCCGUCGGUGCUGAGAAGUGGGGCGGCCCACAUGGCCGUAGGGCCACACAUAACCUUGAUCGCUGCGAGAAAGUUGUUUGAUUCAUUGAAGUCCGCAUUCCUUUGGAUCACCUCGGCCUUGCGAGCCAUCCAGGCGUCGUGCAUUUCUCGCAACCGUUGUUGCAGAUGACGGCGACUUUGAUGGAAGGCCGUUUUGUCUAUAUCGGUUGGGCGGUCAGUGUAGGCUCUAUGCAGCCUGUUCUUUUCGGCGAGGAACUUGCUGAUGGCUACGUCGUUUUCGUGAAAUCAUUUCUGUUGUUGACGACGUGCGCGUUCGAGGACACUCAGGGUGGAUAAAUGGAUGACGUCGCGCAGUUGGAACCAUUGAAUCUACACGGAGGCACUUUCAUAUGGAGCCCGUAGGUCUUCCAGUUGUCGAGUCGGUUGAUUGCUGGAAUGGAGACGCUGGACAGCAAAAUUAAACGAGGCAGUAUUUAACCUACCUGGUGACCGCUUACUUUGUGGUCGCCCGCGAGAUUGCCCUCGGGUCUUCAUCUUGGAGACGACGAAGCCGUGAUCUGUCCAGCCAUUGACGUCGCUGAUCGUCCUAGUCCUGUCAAUCUCGCCCCGGAUGUGAACGUAGCCCAAUAGCUAUCAGCACCGCGAUCUGGGGGCAUCGAUGUCGCCUUUUCUCGUGCCGGAAGAUUGAAGAAGGUGUAGGUCAGCAGAAGACUUUGUUCUGAGCAGGUCCACUGUAAAUGGAGUCUGUUUUCGUUACAGGCGCCGCGACCGUGGAGCCCCAGCACCCUCUUCCAGGCAGCGUGGCCUGUCGCGGCGCGGGUGUUAAAAUUGCCAAGGGCGACCAGUUUAUCCGUCUUUGGUCCAGACGCCAUGAACGCGUGCAGGCCUUCGUAGAAUUUAUUUUUUUGCCCCAUCAGAGCUGGUCAUUGGAGAGGGGCAUGAACACCGAUGAUAGUGACGAAUUUAUAUUCCCAAAAAGGCGGACGCAAGGUCACCAGUCGGUCGUUGGUGGCCUGCGGCAGACAAAGCAGUCGUCCCACGAUGUCUUUCCGGAUGGCAAAGGUGACGCCUGUCUCGCGUCGCUCUGCUUUUGGGCGGUCGCUCCAGGGGAAGGUGUAACCGGCACCCGUCUCCUCUGGCUGGCCCAGUUUAAAGAACAGGGUCCCGUUUAA